UUUUCAAAAAAAAGAGGAGCAGAUACAGACAACCAAAAUAUCGGAACACUUACAGUUGGAGAGGAAAAUACUGAAAAUUGUAUUCCCCCAUACAAGUAUGUUGAAUUAGCUGAAAGUAAUCAAUGGUCUGUAGAAAUAAACAAAAUUGAAUUGAGUGGAAAUAAACAAUUAAAAAAUACAAAAUCUAAAAUGUUUAGAAUUGUAGAGGAUGGAUUUUAUAUGUAUAUGCCAAAGGGGGAUUUGGAUAAUUUGGCUGGAAUUUUAAAUGCAGAAAUUCCACAAGAAAUUGGCGGCUUCUACAAACUCAACAUAACAGAAUGUAAAAAGCCAAAACCAACAAUAACUUUUAUACUUGGGGGACCUAAAAUUGGCAGUAAACAUUCAACAAAUCCAAAAGAAAUUAUCACAACAACAAUUACAUUAGCUCCAUAUCAAUAUAUUGCUCCUACAGAAUAUGGAAAUGAAUGUUUAUUACUUUUUGUUACAAAUGAAGAAAUGAAUUAUGAUAAUAAAUAUAUAAAUAUGGGAGAAGUAUUUUUACGUAAUCGUUGUGUUUCUCUCAAUUGGGUUAAUGGUAGAAUGGGAUUUGCGGAUGGAAAGAAGCCAACAAAAAUUGUAAAAAAAGGAGAAGAAUUACUAAAUUAA